AUGGACGGCAGGGCGGCGGCAGCGGGGCAAGGCGCUGUGGAGGGCGGCGGCGGGCCCGGCCCGGCGCGGAGACCCACCCGCUUGGCGUCGGUGGCGGGGCCGAUGGCAGCAGCCGCGGCUGGAGGGACGUCGUCGUCGUUGAGCGCCGCCGGGUCUCGGCAGCCCAGCGUGGAGGCGCUGGACAGUCCCACAGGAUCCCAUGUUGAAUGGUGUAAGCAACUCAUUGCCGCUACGAUUUCUAGUCAGAUUUCAGGUUCUGUGCCCUCAGACACUGUGUCCAGAGAAUACCGGGUAUACAGGAGGCCUACUAUAAGGGCACUAAGGGAUGGGAACAAACUCGCCCAGAUGGAAGAGGCACCUCUUUUUCCAGGAGAAUCAAUCAAAGCUAUUGCUAAAGAUGUCAUGUAUAUCUGUCCAUUUCUCGGGGCCAUCAGUGGUACGCUGACAGUGACAGAUUUCAAAAUGUAUUUCAAGAACGUUGAAAGGGAUCCGCAUUUUGUUCUUGAUGUUCCUCUUGGAGUGAUAAACAGGGUUGAAAAGAUUGGAGUUCAGAGCCAUGGAGACAACUCCUGUGGUAUAGAAAUUGUUUGCAAGGAUAUGAGAAACUUGCGGUUUGCCUAUAAGCAGGAAGAACACAGACUGGAGAUUUUUCAAAACCUCAUUGCGCGAGCAUUUCCUCUUUCCAAUGGGCUGCCAUUCUUUGCAUUCAACUAUAAAGAAAAAUUUCCUGUUAAUGGCUGGAAAGUUUAUGAUUCGACGGCAGAGUAUAAGAGACAGGGUCUACCCAAUGAGAGUUGGAAAAUAUCCAAAAUUAACAGCUCGUACGAAUUUUGUGACACGUACCCUGCCGUUCUGGUUGUGCCGGCCAGCGUAAAAGAUGAUGACCUCUCUAGAGUAGCAGCGUUUAGGGCCAAAGGCAGAGUUCCAGUGUUAUCCUGGAUCCACCCUGAGAGCCAGGCCACCAUCACACGGUGCAGCCAACCUCUUGUGGGCCCAAAUGACAAGCGAUGCAAAGAGGACGAGAAAUACUUGCAGACCAUCAUGGAUGCCAACGCUCAGUCGCACAAGCUGUUCAUCUUCGACGCCAGGCAGAACAGCGUUGCAGAUACAAAUAAGGCCAAAGGGGGUGGGUACGAGAGCGAGGGCGCCUACCCCAACGUGGAGCUGAUCUUCCUGGAAAUCCCAAAUAUCCACGUGAUGAGAGAAGCGCUACGGAAGCUGAAGGAAAUUGUUUACCCGACAAUCGAUGAGUCUCGGUGGCUGUCCAACGUGGAGAGUACGCACUGGCUGGAAUAUAUACGGAUGCUUCUUGCCGGAGCAGUGAGAAUUGCUGACAAAAUCGAGUCUGGUAAAACGUCAGUGGUGGUCCACUGUAGUGAUGGCUGGGACCGUACAGCUCAGCUUACCUCGCUAGCCAUGCUAAUGUUGGACAGCCAUUACAGAACCAUCAAAGGCUUUGAGGGCCUCAUAGAGAAGGAGUGGAUGAGUUUUGGACAUCGGUUUGCAAUGCGAGUAGGUCAUGGAGAUGAUGAUCACGCGGACGCUGACAGGUCACCGAUCUUCCUUCAGUUCAUAGACUGCGUUUGGCAAAUGGCAAAGCAGUUUCCAGCAGCAUUUGAAUUCAAUGAGCUGUUUUUGAUCACCGUUUUGGAUCAUCUCUAUAGCUGUCUAUUUGGCACCUUUUUAUACAACUCUGAACAUCAGCGAAUAAAAGAGGAAAUAGGCACAAGGACUGUCUCUCUGUGGUCCUACGUUAAUAGCCAGCUUGAUGAAUUCAGUAAUCCUUUCUAUGUAAACUACGAAAACCACGUCCUGUAUCCAGUUGCCAGUUUAAGCCAUCUGGAACUGUGGGUAAACUACUAUGUACGAUGGAAUCCACGAAUGAGACCCCAGAUGCCAAUUCACCAGAACCUAAAAGAACUCCUUGCCAUCAGAGCUGAGCUCCAGAAGAGGGUGGAGGAAUUGCAGCGGGAAGCAGCAACACGCUCCAUUUCUUCUUCAUCGGACCGGGGCUCCUCUCCUGCAGCCACACCAGUACACACCUCUGUCUGAUGUGAGGCUAAGAUCAAGGCACAGUCCUGCUGUGGGUGCCUUCUGGCUGCCAAAAGACUCCCUCACCCGCGAGCAAUAUGGGAUGGCGUCGCCUCUUCUUCCUCUCUGUCUGUUAAACCAAGGCCAAAAUUGUUUCCUUGCAUAGAACACUGUAGAGGUGGGUGGUUGCUAGUUUUUCCUAAUGUGUCUUUUUCAUGUCUAACUGAAUUUACAAUGGAAUAAAUCCGUAUCUUAAGCAACCUGCAAGAAUGCACUUGGGAACCAGGGAUCCAUCAUGUAGGGGUCCAGAGAGCACGUUGCUCUGUCUCCCAGCGAGAAGCCCCAGGGGAAGGAGACUGCCAAAUCUGCAGAGAUCAUAAUUUCUGAAAGGGGAACCCACCUAGUUUCCUUGGUACUUAAUCAAAUUUUAAAGAAAAAAAAGCCACAGCAAAUAUUGUUUCUUGGGACAGUUAUAGAUGGCCUGAUGCACUUUGAAAUGAUUUAAUUUUUUAAUACUAUAGUCAGUUGUAUAUUUUGAAUAAACAUGCCAUUAAGCUAUGAACAAGAUUUGCCAAGCAUGAGACAGCGGGUAGUUGUAAAAUAAUGUCUUUAAAGCCUGGAUGAUUGAAUAAUAUUUUUCCAAGUUUUCUGCAGUUAUUGUCCACUUGCCAUCUCAUUGAUAUAUACAAAGUCACUUCUUUAGUUUUCCUUUUCACCUAGCUAGUCUUUUAAAGGUGUGAAUUGCAGGUGGUGCAAAUACUUUAUCUGUGUACACGAAUCCUCUUCUUACUGCAUAUGAGUCUAUGCAAGGCCAAGCACUCUUUAAUGGACAAUAUUCUUUUCAGUCCUUUUGCGGAAGAUCGUGAAUUGUCAUGAUGAUGAUGAUGAUAAAACUUUUUAGGAAAAACAAUCGUAAUUGUGUUCCUGGAGACAAUAAAGGCUGUUGUGUUUUUGUAUUAGCUGUUUUAGAUGUUUUCUUCUAAGCAAAAGCAAGAUUUAUUUCAUUUGCAUUUCCCUAUAUAUAAAAAAGCCAAUUAGCGGCACGGCGACUGCUACUGGCAGAGGCAGCAGGUGUUUAUGGCAAAUCUGGAUUGGAGCAAGAUGGUCACAAGCCAUGGGUGGAGACCCGGGCCUUGCGCUCCAGUGUACCUGUGCUGUGCUGUGCUGUGCCUUCAUCCCCAGCUCAGGCCAAGCUGUGUGUGUGUGUGUGUGUGUGGCACCAUCUUCUAUUUGGACUUCAUUUGUGGCACAUCUGCCAAAAAGUCCAGCUGCCACUGCUAUCAAGGUAGGUUAGAUCUUUUCUCCCUUCUCUUUGAUCAGCGCUACUUUUAUGCUUAGAAUGGUAGGUACACCUUGCAGGUGUGGCUGGGGAAGAGACUCCCCUCCCAGCUCCACUAAACGCCAGGGCUGCUGUCUAGAGAACUGGGCAACUAGUCACCUGCCUUUCAGUUGUUUGUUCGACCGUUUCCUCGGACAGCAGCCCCUUUUGCCACGUGGGAAAGUUUCAAAAGCAAUUUGAGAUACAGCGUGGAGGUCUGUUCAGAGGAAAAGGUGGUAAAGUCCCUCUCGGCGCAUGCCUUGGCUUUACCAUUUUGCUUUCGGAGACCGAAAGGGAGAUUUUAUUUUGUAGAAUUUAGAAUACUUGCAAUGACAGCAUACAAAACGGUCGUUCAGCCCAUAAUUUGCUCUGCCUUUGGUCUUCUCUCGAAGAGUAGGCGAAGCAGCACCCAGGGCUUAUACUUGUUUAAAAAUACAAAAAGGAAAGAUUCCUUUUCUCCCCCCAUUUAUAAGGCGGGGAAACGUCAGCUUUGUUUCUCGGAUAGAAGAGCCCAGUGCUGUGCUAGAAAUAUCUGGAAGUGAGCUUUCUCAUGAUUCCCCGGGGUACGGCUCCCUUUACAUGGAUUCCGAUGGCUUUGACCUCCCAGAGUAGGAACUUUGGAAGCUUUUAUUGUUAUCAAUGUUAGGAGAAGCCCCACAGAUCACUCACUGACACAGUGCUGUUGUACAAGUCAAUCGUUCAUUUAUUGUUUUCUGGUUUGUAGUUCAGCAAUCAAGUUUGGUUCAUACCUCCCCCAUCAUUCUUAUAUGCACUUUAGCAAAAUGAGCCUGCCUUUUGGCAACGUAAUACACCGUUUUCAUCUGGGACAGAUCAAUUUUGUAUUAGCCAAAGGUAUGUAUGUAUUGCUUAAAUAAAAGCUUGGUGUCUUUUGGGCACAAUCUAUUCUUUUAA